AUGGGCGGCAAAGUCUGGUCCAAGGAGGAGGAGAAGAUCUUCUGGCGCGAUAUCAUCCCCUUCUCGCCGAAGCGCCUCGGUAUCGACAGGGCGAACCCGGAGAAGACAUGGACUGCCCUCGCCGUCGAUAUGACCGAAAUCAUGAACGAAAUCCAAGCCGACUCUGGCGAAGAGCCUCGCCGCAACUAUACUUACCUGAGAAAGCUGACAGUCCCAGUUGAACAUUUCUUUCAGAAUGCGAGAAACAAGAACUACUCGCCGUUUGCGCACUACUAUGCCCGGCGUUACAUUGAGCAAGAGCAAGAGGACAUCUGCAACGGCCUCGCCGUGGCCCCUGAUGUCCGGCCCUCUGCCAGAGACCGUAUGCUCCCCCCUUCCCACCGCACGAAGUCGAACGCCGUUUCCACCAUUCGCCGUGUCGAUGCGUCGAGCGCGGCUCGUAAGCCGGCGGCCAAGAUCACCAAGGCUUCGAUAAGCAUCACCAAGAAGGUUACCAAGGAGUUGAAGACGAAUGUUGAGAAUGCCUUCAGCCGCCUCAACGACAAUUUUCACGAGAUGGCCGACCUGAAGCAAUCCGUCAACUACAGCGUCAACAGCAACGAGAAGGGCUUGGCACAACUGGCCAGCGCAGCAAGCGCAGCAAAUAUGUUGAACAUCAAGACGAAGAUUAACGCUUUUGCGCAGAAGGCCAACGCACUUCCCGGCGUUAAGCAGGCAAUCAACCAUGUCUGGGGCCGAGAGAUUGACACCGGGUAUGUUGCGCAGGCCCCGACACCCAACUAG